UCUUUUGUCAUAUAGCAUUUUCUUGCCUAUAAGAAGGCCAUUUUCAUUUCGAACUUGGCAGCCGUAGAGCAAAUAGUCGAGAGAAAGAGAUCAGUGAGAGAUAGAGAAACAUGGGAGCUUUGUGUAAUGUGUUGAACAAAAUGAAACCAUACGUGGCGAUAAUCUCCCUGCAGUUUGGAUAUGCAGGGAUGUACAUAAUCUCAAUGGUUUCUUUAAAGCAUGGCAUGAGUAAUUUCAUCCUUGCAACCUACCGUCAUGUUGUUGCUACCAUUGUCAUUGCACCCUUUGCCUUUGUUCUUGAAAGGAAAAUAAGGCCAAAGAUGACCCUCCCUAUCUUCCUAAGGAUUGUAGCUCUUGGUUUCCUGGAGCCAGUGCUUGACCAGAACUUAUACUAUCUGGGAAUGAAGUACACGACAGCAACAUAUGGAUCUGCUUUUGUCAACAUGCUUCCAGCUGUUACCUUCAUAUUGGCAAUGAUUUUCAGGUUAGAGAAGGUCAAUGUGAAGAAGAUACGAAGUCUAGCAAAGAUCAUUGGAACAGCAAUAACAGUCGUAGGAGCAAUGGUCAUGACAUUGUACAGAGGUCCCAUUAUUGACUUCAUCAAGUCAGGAGGAGCUACUCACCAUGGAACUACCAGUGAAUCUGCUGAUAAACACUGGGUUACCGGAACCAUAUUGCUUCUUGGAAGUAUCUGUAGCUGGUCAAGUUUCUUUAUUUUGCAAUCCUUCACAUUGAAGAAGUACCCGGCUGAACUCUCUCUUACAGCUUUGAUAUGUUUCAUGGGAAUGGUGGAAGGUGCAGGAGUGUCACUUAUCAUGGUUCGUGACCUAAGUGCCUGGAAAGUUGGCUGGGACUCAAGGCUUCUUGCUGCAUCUUAUUCUGGAAUAGUGUGCUCCGGAAUCGCAUAUUAUGUCCAAGGAAUCGUGAUCAGGGAACGGGGGCCAGUAUUUUUAACAUCUUUCAGCCCUCUAUGCAUGAUCAUCACUGCUUCGCUUGGGGCCAUUGUUUUAGCAGAAAAAAUCCACCUUGGAAGCAUACUUGGCUCCAUUAUCAUAGUCACAGGCCUUUACACUGUGGUGUGGGGUAAAGGCAAAGAUGGGAAAAACUCAGAAACUGAUGAGAAAAGCAAUGCCCUGCAGGAAUUGCCAAUCAAAAACAAUGCUAGAUCAAUCUGUGUUGAUGAUGGCAUUGAUGGACCUGCUAAAAUUGUUAAUAUUCCAGCUUCAAAGAGCCCCUUCAGCACUUAAGGAACAAAAAACAUUUUCUGUCAAAUGUUGAAAAAAUUUCUAGCAGCAUUGUUCUUCCUUAACCGAUAAAACUUACCAUGUAACCACCCCUUCCCCUCUCUCUCGAAGCUGCUCUGCAUCUAAAGUAAUUUGUAGCUUACCAUCUUUUUAUUGUACCAUGAGGCUUUAAAUUUGGUGAAGUAAAAACCAUGAAUUGUGGCGGUUUGUCUAUGUUCUUGUCCAAAUAUUUCAUUUCCAUACUUUUUCUUUGGUUCAAACUCAUCUGAUGCGAGAACAAAAAGAUGUAUUGCAAAUAUCAGAAUAGGAAUCAAACAGUUAACCUUGUUCCGGAAA